UCAACACGCAGUACUUUUUCUUCCUUCCCUUAGAUCUGGAGGUGACUUUAUUAAAUUUUGGGGGGCUUCUGGUAGUUCCCAAUUUAGAGAGCAGCAGCUCUGAAAUCUGAGGAGCAGCAGUUGUUUGUUUUAGAAUCUGUGUUUUUGUAAUAAGAAAAUAGAUGAUGGGAUUGGUGGAAGAGAAUGGGAAUGAUGGAGUGGUGUCUAAAAUGAACAAGUAUCAAAAGAUGGAUAAAGAUGAUGAAUUUGAUGAUGAAUUAGAAGAUUCAAUGAUUAAACUCAGACAGCAGCAUACAAGAAGCAGUGAUACUAGGAAAUAUGUCUUUGCCUGUGCUGUCUUUGCUUCUCUCAACUCUGUUCUUCUUGGAUAUGAUGUUGGAGUUAUGAGUGGAGCAAUUAUAUUUAUUCAAGAAGAUUUGAAAAUAACAGAAGUGCAACAAGAAGUUUUAGUUGGUAUUUUGAGCAUAGUCUCACUUCUUGGUAGUUUAGGUGGUGGAAGAACCUCGGAUGCCAUUGGUAGAAAAUGGACAAUGGGUUUAGCAGCAGUGAUUUUUCAGACAGGUGCUUUAGUCAUGACAUUCGCUCCGACUUUUGGAGUUCUCAUGAUUGGAAGACUUCUUGCUGGAGUAGGAAUUGGGUUCGGUGUUAUGGUUGCUCCAGUGUAUAUCACUGAGAUUUCUCCCACAAUUGCAAGAGGAUCACUCACUUCGUUCCCUGAGAUCUUUAUAAAUUUGGGGAUCCUUCUUGGGUAUGUUUCAAAUUAUGCUUUUUCGGGGUUUUCAGUGCAUACAGGUUGGAGAAUAAUGCUUGGUGUGGGAAUACUACCCUCGGUCUUUAUUGGGUUUGCACUGUUUGUCAUUCCUGAGUCACCAAGGUGGUUGGUGUUGCAAAAUCGAGUUGAUGAGGCAAAAGCGGUAUUGCUCAAGACAAAUGAUAAUGAAGAAGAGGUGGAAGAAAGACUUGCAGAGAUCCUUGCCGCAGCUGGAUUUGGCAAUGCAGAUAAGACUGAGGAGAAAGCUGUUUGGCGUGAACUGUUAGAUCCCUCUCCAUCACUUCGCAGAAUGUUAAUUACUGGAUUUGGAAUCCAAUGUUUCCAGCAGAUAACCGGCAUUGAUGCAACUGUGUACUAUAGUCCAACAAUCUUCAGAGACGCUGGAAUCACUGACAAAACAAAGCUUCUUGCUGCAACUGUUUCUGUUGGAUUUACCAAGACUAUUUUCAUCUUGGUAGCUACAAUUCUUAUUGAUAGAGUCGGCCGGAAGCCAUUGUUGUACGUCAGCACAAUUGGGAUGACUGCUUGUUUGCUUGGAUUGGCGUUUACACUUACAGUUAUGGGGAAUGGACAAGUGGGCAUUGCACUGGCAAUUCUGUUGGUAUGUGGGAAUGUCGCAUUUUUCUCUGUGGGAAUUGGUCCAGUUUGCUGGGUUCUGACGUCUGAGAUCUUCCCACUUCGGGUUCGUGCUCAAGCAGCAGCACUUGGUGCAGUUGGAAACAGGUUAUGCAGUGGCCUCAUCGCCAUGUCGUUCCUUUCUGUGUCCCGAGCCAUUACAGUUGGAGGAACCUUCUUCAUUUUCUCUUUGAUUUCAGCUGUUUCAGUUGCUUUUGUUUAUAAACAUGUUCCUGAAACAAAAGGAAAGUCUCUGGAGCAAAUCGAGUUGUUAUUUCAGAAGGGAAAUGAAGAAUGGCAAAGAGGCGAGGUGGAGCUUGCAGAUGUGGAGCAUUUAGUGCAGAAAGAAUGAAUUGGUAACUCUUUGGAAUCUCAUAGAUGACUUAAUGUUAGAAACUUGAUACCAUCCAUCUAAAGGGAAGUCGGAAAGAAUGGUCAGCAAAUUGUAAACAACAUUUUUUGGUUGUAUCUUCAUAAUCAGGAAACAAGAAAAUUGCAAAAGGAAAUACCAUUUUCAUCAUAAGCUAUACGAGACAAUAACGAGAAGAAGUACAGGUAAGGGAUGGUUGAAGAGAAUUGCUUUGUAACUUGUAAACAAAGGUAUUGCACGGUUAAAUGUGAAUGACCAAGUGAAUUUUUUGUAUCAGCCAACCAUUUUAAUAUAAAAGAGGGUCUUGCAUUUCUUAGUCA